AUGAGUCCUCAUCCGGGUUCAGUCUCAAACCAAUCUUCCACAUAUCACAAAUGUAAUUCUGGUUAUGAAAUUGAUCUAAAAAAAAGGGUCGACCACAAAGUUCAAGAGCCAAAGCCAGUUCUUGAAAUUGUUCCUGAGACAAAACAGCUGGGAGGCGUCGGGAAUUUGGAAGUCGACCGGCAUCGAAAAUGUCGCUUGCAGAGGCUAGGAGAUGUAGGUUUAGGGGGAGAAAUGAAAACCAGAGGAAGAACAAGGUUGGGGAAUGGGAACAGGAACAGGGAGAGAAAGCCGGAUCUAGUGGCGAUCUACAGUAGUAACGAUCUGGCCGUGAAUGAUGGGUGUUUAGGCGGAUUUGGUGGCGUCUUGAUGGUAAGAAGAGGUUGUGGGUGGCGGUGGUGCAAUGGUGUGGCAGUGGUGGUUCUAGUGUGUGGUUCACGGCAGCAAUCUGGUCGUGAAAUGAAGGGGGUUUGGCCGGAUCUGGUGGCGAUCUGCAGUUGCGACGAUCUGGCCGUGAAUGAUGGGGGUUUAGCCGAUCUGGUGGCGUCGCGAUGGUAA